AUGUACACAAACGCAAAUUACGAUGAGCUUCCUCACUGUUCCAGUUUGGAGAGAUGUGAUCGGUUGAAACAUGAAAAAGAAUUAUUAAUAGAAGAAAUCGCAAAGUUGUAUUGUCAUUUACAGUCGGCCGAGGAUGCUAUCGCAGAACACUCAACAAAGGAAGAUCUUUUGAGUCAGAAGCUCAACAGCCUUUCAGAAAUUGCGGCGGAAAGAGAUGAGCUGUUGGAUCGUCUGGACAAGGAAAUGACAUAUAAAUAUACCUUGGAAAGGUCACUAGAGGAACAAAAGUGUCGCAAUGUAGAGUUAGAAUCUAAAGCAGUGGUAUUCGAAGAUAAAGAAGCUAUGUUAAGUAACAAGCUAUUUAAGCUGGAGAAGCAACUAGCAGAAAGAGAUGAACAUAUCAAAGAGCUAUUUCAUAUAAUUCAUGAUUAUGAGAACGUGUUAAGUAGAAAUCAAGAACAGGUAACUAAAAAGUCACACGAAUUAUUUGUGGCAAAAUCUGAACUUUCCGAACUUCGUGCAAAAAUAAAUGAUAUUGAAGAAAAUAUCAAUCUAAUGCAAAUAUGCAGUUCUAAAUUCAAUGAAGUUGAAGAAAAUAUACAAUCUAUUUCAUCAUAUGAGGGGUCUAACUUGCCGAGGAAUGUUCCAGACAUCGAUCACAGCCAGUCGAAAAUUUCAGUAAUCCAGUCACACAACGAGGAGUCAUUGAUUCAAGUUCAGCCACCAACUGCAAAAAUCAAUCAGAAGAGCUUAGCUGACGAACUUUUUGAAAUGGAAGCUGAUCACUCUAUUUUAUUUAGACAUGGUAUUCGAAACUCAUUUACUUUUGAAAAUAAAACAGUAGAAGAAUCCCUAAGAGAUCUGUCGAUUCGUCUUCAUACCUUCAAACUAGAAUUGAGAUGCAAAAGAAACUUGUUACGACACUACGAUUACUGCUUACUGGAUUAUGAAAAAAUACACGAAGGAAAACGUUACUGGUCUGCAGAAGACAUAAAUGAUUUCAAAUGUGAAUCAGAGACAUAUUUCCACUUAAUCAUUAAACAAUGCAUGGAAAUUUCAGUGUUAACAGGAAUGCACUUUCAAAAAGCACCAACCCUUUGGACCAAUGUGCCAUCAAAUUUCGGAGCGCCAUUUCCAAUGACACACAUCAAUCGAUCUACUUUGGAAACGAGAUCAUCUUCAACACAUGCUGUAUUUUUUUCAGGAAGGUUUGAAAAAAAAGGAAGAGAUACUCGUAACGGGACAGUAAAACAUGAAAAGAAAGGUGUCGACGAUUGGUCUUUGGUUCCAGUGAUUACCGAAAGAAGCCAGUUGACUAAAACCAACUACCUUAUUGCUAAUCAAGAAAACGAAACUUUAGUAAAUAACAAACUGCUGAAAUCAUUUCCUGCCUCAAUAGAACAACUUACAGAUAUAUUAGAAGCUGAUCAUAAGACUUUACUGUGUGGUAUAAAUAUGGGGCAACUGAAGAAAACUCAUAUAGAAAUUUCACUAACUCGAGAAGUUCUAAAACUUGGAAAAAUAUCUGCCUUUUUGAAAUUAGGAAAACGGAUAAAGUCAAUGAACUUUCAGAAUCUAAAACCUGAACAGAUCAGAUCGAAUUUUGGAGAACAAAUAUAUAAUCUUCUUGAAUCCCGAAAUUCUUCAUUUACUCCAGAUAACACAUUUACCAAUGCAGUAUCUAGCUAUAUAUUAACACUGAACAAAAUUAUGUCCCUGGUCAGGUUCUUACCACUUCACGAUGAUCAUUCUUCACAUGAUAAAGGUGGCUAUCUCCAACAAUUGCUUAAAUAUCUGGAGACACAAAUAUAUUUAUUCAUUCAAGAACUCCCUCAGUAUCGAGACCCAAAGCCUAUGGGAAGCAGCCAAGAAAAUAUUCACGAAAAAACGUUCAAUGAUACAACUGAUGGAUAUACGUACUCGUUUAAAGAAAGUAAUUCGCGAAACGAAAUGAAAUCGUUGUCACAAUAUUCAAAUAUGGAGAUGAAUUUAAAAUUUCGAAACUCACCUGACCAGAAAUCUAAGAGAGGCUCUCAAAUGCUUCUCAAUAUCCCAAAUUUGGAAAAACCCAAGUGCCUCCAAAUCUCAUAUUGUAAUAAUGUAAUUAAAAGAGUGAUAAGCCAUACAAAACACAGAUUAUCCGAUAUGUCAAAGCGUUUGACUACUGACCUCAAAUUAAAUAACCUCAUGUUGUUAUUAUUCUGUUGUAUUUUCUGUUAUUUUACGUUACCUGUGAUUAUGCAUGAAAUCAGUCGAUUUUCCGAUAGUUCUAUGUAUGACAGCUCCACUUUAAAAUUUUAUUCAUACAUCAGGCAUACAGUGAAAAACGCAACUGAAACAUAUUCAGUCUUGUGUUCCAAACUUUUUGAUAUCACCUUGAGCCUUCAAUAUUCAGACGGUUAUCGUCCUAUAUGA